GAUAUCAAGUCUCACAAGAAAUUGAUUAGAGACCUUCAUAACCAUUUAAAGCAAAAGUUUGAAGCAGAAGAAAACAACAUGUCAGAACUAUUAACUGAGAUUGUUCAUAAUGUGGUUAAAGAAGUUAAAAACAAAGAACAUGAAGAUAUACCAAAUGUUAUUUUGAAAGAGCUAAAGUUAACUUAUAAAGUUUUUACUUACUGUAGAACUUUAUGGAGUCAGCAUGAUAAUAAAUAUAUUGGAUAUGUUGAUUUUGAUAAUGAAAAUGCUGAACUUGAAGCAUUUGCAAAAAGUAUCUGGAAUAUCAAUGAUCAGUAUGAAGUUCGAAAUAUAGUCAAUAAUGAAUGGUAUCUUGGUAAAGUACUUAUUGAGAUUUCAAUAGACAAUUAUUUGGAUGUUGAAGUUGCAAUCGAGACUGCUGGAAAAGUCCAGCUAGUUCUUACAUCUUGGAGCAAGAUAAGAGUAGAUCUUGCAGAACAUACACUAUCACUAGAAGUUAAAAAAGCAAUGGAAGAGAUAUCAGAAUUAAAAUAUAUUUCUCAAGACACUCAGUUUGAUUUAGUUUCAUCAAUUAAUGGAUUUCUUAGAAUUGUAGAAUAUGUACUUAGCAAUUGCCUGGGUGCUAUAAUCCAGCCAAAAAGAAUUUCUCAAGAUAUGUUGGAAGUAUCACAACCUGAUGAACAGAAUCUGAAAAUAUCUAAUCAUUAUAAAACUCAAAUUCAAGCACUUUCUACCUUCAAUCGCCAAAUAUUCAAAGAACUUCUCGAUGAUAAUUUGUCGCUGACAACAUGGUUGACAAACCUGGAGAAUCGAUUGAAUAAUUAUAAGUGUGCAGGCAACUGGUUCAGUGAUUUUCAAUUAUUAAUUCCAGACAAUAUUAGUAUAGAGGUUCAGCAGUUGGUAGCCUAUAUAUUGUUAGAAAAAACUAUCAGAUUUACUUUUAAGCAAGUACAAAAUGGACAAUAUCACAAUCAGUUUGCUCUAAAUUAUACAGAGUCAUGGACUAUACCUGAAAAAGUUAUUGACUUGGAACCAGCCGAGAAUGAUCCGUUAAUAAUGGCAUACCAAGACUUUACAAAGAUCAAAUUAUAUCUGGAUAUUCUUAGUACCGAACAUGUGGAAUACGUGCGUGAUAUCUGUUCAAAAACAAUAACAAUUAUUCCAGGGACAGAUUUUAUCCGAUUUAUAUAUUAUUUGAAGUCACUCAUUCUUCAACUAUUUGAAAAACAUAUUGAGUAUGGACCAGAUAUUCUAAUAUAUAUUAACAACAAUCUUAUAAAUAACCAAUCUUUAAAGGAACAAUUUCAUAUCCUUCUGCAAAAAACAUAUGAUCUUCAAUAUGAUGCUGAGCAUGAAAACCAACUAUUAGAUAAUCAUAUCCAUCUAUCAGAAGAGAUUGAAAAAAAAGAUUCUUCAAGCUUGCAAGAGAAUAUCAAAACAAUGAAUGCAGAUAGGAAGAACAGCAUGAAAAAAAAGAAUGAAUCAAAGAUAAAGAUCAAAAAAGGGAUGUUACCUAAAGAUCUUGAUCUAGUACUUGACCAACUCAAGGUUUGGGCUCAUGGUAAUGGCACUAAGGAUGCAUUUGAGAAGACAUUUACAUUAGCUGAGCUUAAAGCUCUCAUUCAA